GCAGCGCACACUAAUAAAAGAUAAAGCAACACUUGCUGUAUUAAUAAAAUACCAAUCGACUAUUUUACAUGCAAAAAGCAGCAAUUUUCACUUAUCUCUAUCAGUUUAUCAAACAUAGAUUAAUUAAUCAGACUGAUUUAUCCCUAUCUUAACCUCUAAUUUAAAAAGGUGUUCAAUGUUCAUGUUGACACAUUAGUAAAAACACAUUACUUAAACACAGUUUUAAUAUGCCACAUUGUGAAUUCAGUCCCCUAGAUCCUUCAUCAUACUCAAGACCAGAUGAAGCCCUUGUUACUAAUAUUGUAUUAUCUCUAAACGUUGAUUUUAAUAAAAGAGCUUUCAAUGGAAGUGUAAAACUAGACAUUACAAAGGUUAACCCGAAAGCAAAAGAAAUUAUUUUGGAUGUUAAAGACUUAAACAUUGUUGACGUUACUGAUUAUUUUGAAAAUCAAAAAUUAAAAUAUGAAAUAUCUGACCCUUUUGCUGAUUUUGGCUCCAAGAUGACUGUAGAAUUGCCAGAAAACAAUAAAACCAGUUAUACUUUGCUAAUUAAUUAUUCUACAAGUCCCAAUGCUAGUGGUUUACAAUGGCUUAAGCCUGAACAAACUCUUGGAAAAAAGCAUCCCUUUGUUUUCAGCCAGUUUCAAUCGAUUCAUGCUCGUUCUUUUCUGCCAUGUCAAGAUACACCUGGGGUGAAAACAAGGUAUACCGCAGAAGUAGUAGCUCCUUCAGACUUAACUGUGUUAAUGUCUGCACUGCGAAAUGGAGCGACAUCAUUGUCAAAUAAUAAAAUACAAUUCAACUUUGUACAAAAUGUCCCUGUCCCUGCAUAUUUAAUAGCAAUUGCAAUUGGAGCGUUAAAAUCGAAACAAAUUGGGCCAAGAAGUCAUGUGUGGGCUGAAGAAGAUAUUUUGGACGCUGCGGCCUACGAAUUCGAAGAUACAGAAGCAAAUCUAAAAACUGCCGAGGACAUAUGCGGUCCAUAUGUUUGGAGCAUUUACGAUUUACUUGUUUUACCACCAAGUUUUCCUUAUGGUGGUAUGGAAAAUCCAUGUUUAACUUUUGUAACACCGACAGUAAUAGCUGGUGAUAAAUCCUUGGUGAGUGUUCUUUCUCAUGAAAUUACUCACAGUUGGUCUGGAAAUUUGGUAACAAAUCGUAAUUUCGAACAUUUUUGGCUGAAUGAAGGUUUUACAGUUUUUAUCGAAAGAAAAAUUAUAGGACGUCUGUUAGGGAAACAGGAGCAGGACUUUGAUGCUCAAAGUGGAACUGCUGAAUUAAAGGAAGAAGUAAAUCAUUUGGGAGCAAAUAGCCCUUACACAUCUUUAAUAAUUGAUUUAAAAGGAAAAGAUCCGGACGAUGCUUAUUCUAAAGUACCAUAUGAGAAAGGUCAAACAUUUUUACGUUAUUUGGAGUUUGUUGUUGGGGGGCCAGAAAAAUUUGAACCGUUUCUUAGGGAUUAUUUUAACACCUACAAAUACAAGUCGAUCGAUACUGACAUAUUCAAGAACCAUUUUAUGACGUAUUUUUCUUCUAAUCCCGAAAUUUUAAAAGUAGACUGGCAAACGUGGUUACACAGUCCUGGAAUGCCACCCAUCAUUCCUGAAUAUGAUAUGACAUUAGUUGAAGCUUGCAAUGAUUUCGUAAAAAAGUUUUUGGGUUGGAAUGGAAAGACUGAAGAUGCUCCCUUUACUGAAACUGAGUUUAACAAGUAUAGCACAUUGCAAAUGAUCCAUAUUUUACAAGAAAUUAUGGACAGUACUCCACAAAGCAUCGAGAAAUUAAAAGCUACUGAAAAAAUAUUAAAAUUCGCUGAUAAAAGAAACACGGAAAUUAAAUGUAGAUGGCUAAGAAUUUGCUUAAAGGCACAUUGGGAGGAAAAAAUUGAAGAUGCUUUAAAUUUCGUCAACGAAUAUGGAAGAAUGAAAUACGUGAGACCCGUCUAUCGAGAGUUGUAUGCUUGGGAAGCAUCAAGACAGCGCGCUAUAGACAAUUUUGUAAAGCAUCAAGAGUUUUACAUGACUGUUGCUGUUAAUGGUUUACGAAAAGAUUUGCAUCUUCAAUAAAAUUUGUUGUUGUAUAUAUAUAAUAAUUAUACAAUUUUAAUAAAUGUAUUUCUAUUGCAA